CUGUAAAGAUUGGGCUGUAAAGAAUUAACUCCUCCUACUGGGGAGGAAUGUAUCAGACAAGCCGAUAAAUGAGCAUGACAAAGCUACGCAUACUCGCAUGUAAAGAAUGCAAACACUGCAAACCCACCCACCUAUCCAGCGGCCGAUCUCUCCGCUUUAUCGCCGACGAACUUACCUCUCAGAGCAAAGCUUCCUGUUGACUUUUCUUAUCAUUCCUGCUCAUUCUGGGAGGCUCUGUGUAAUCGGCAACUUUACUGAAAGGAUCCAUAAUUCAAAACACGAAGGAUAUGGGCACGACUAAGCCUCGCCCCUCCGGGAGAAAUUCCAUCGCGAAAGCGCCAUCGCUACCGAGCAAGACUUUCGUCAUCGACAAUGGGGCACAUACGAUGAAAGCGGGAUAUGCGCCCGAAUCUAUUUCCUCAGACGAUGGAUCACAACUCCUCUCAACAUGCGCUACGAUACCGAACGCGCUCACGAAAACACGGAACAAUCGUGUUUACAUCGGCUCGCAGCUCCACACCCACGUCACGGAUUGGAACGAGUUGAUGUUUCGACGCCCGGUCGAGAAGGGAUACAUCGUCAACUGGGAGGCGGAGAAGGAGAUAUGGGAGCAUUCGUUCUUUGACGAGAAGACGGCGCGCAAAGAUCUGCGCAUUGCGAGCCCGGAGGAGACGACACUGGUCCUGACGGAAGCCCCCAACGCGUUGCCGAUAUUACAGAAGAAUGCCGAUGAGAUAGUAAUGGAGGAAUGGGGGUUUGGUGGUUACUUGAGAACCAUAGGCCCCUCGUUAAAUGCCUGGAAUGAAAUCCAGUCUCUGUUCGGAGAUCCCCUGGUACAGAAUCCGGACGGCCCCAUUUCACCAGCAGAAUGCCUCCUCGUCGUUGAUUCCGGUUUUUCACACACCACGGUGACCCCUGUCUACAAAGGCCGACCUCUUCAGCGUGGCAUCCGUCGACUGGAUCUCGGUGGGAAGCAUCUUACAAACUACCUGAAGGAGAUGGUAUCGAUGCGGCAGUACAACAUGGUGGAUGAGACAUAUAUUAUGAACGAUGUCAAGGAAGCGGUGUGCUUCGUGAGCAAUAAUUUCCCCGGUGAAAUGGAACAAGCGUGGAAAGGAAAUCGGAAGCGUGGUCACCCCGACCCCAGCGAGGGUGUCGUUGUGGACUAUGUUCUUCCUGAUCCCAAUGCCGGCGUCAAGGGGUUUAUGCGACCCCAUGAUCCCCUCCUGAACCUCAAAAAGAGAAAGAGCACGUUGUCCGGUUCGGAAACAGCGCUGUUAUCGGAAGAUGUUUUGGUUUUGGGCAAUGAGCGCUUCACCGUUCCGGAAAUCCUGUUCACGCCGGGCGAUAUCGGUAUGAAACAGGCUGGGAUUCCGGAUAUCAUUCUGCAAAGCCUGUCUGUGUUACCAACCGGACUGCAUCCCGCCUUCCUGGCCAAUGUGCUGGUUGUUGGCGGAAAUGCCUUGCUGCCGGGAUUCAUGAAUCGCCUGGAAACCGAGUUACGUCAGACCGCAUCCACAGAGUGCGUGGUGAGAGUACGGCGUCCUCAAGAUCCGAUCCGGUUCGCAUGGCUCGGAGGUGCACGGUUUGCGACUAACAAGGAGGAACUGAAGAGAGUCGCCAUAACUCGCCAAGAGUACCAAGAAAAUGGCUCUUCCUGGGCCGGUAGGAAAUUCUCCGGCGCCUUGUAAAGGUACAAAGUGGCUGUAACGGGUCAGUGCAGUGAGCGGCUGGUCCCCUAUGAAGUUCCGGACGGGCGUGGAUGAAAUCCCGGAGUUGAAUACUGAUGAAAGUUACAGGGGCUGGCGCACCAGACCGGUGUUAU